CUUGCCUCCGACAUCCAACACCGGUUGGCAACUCGCCCCUUGAUCUCUAUACUACGCAGUCACAGUUCGACGGACUCUGCAACACACUACUUUCGUAGCUGUUUUUGAGCUUGGUCAUGUCGCUCGCUGAGAGCUGGGUGCACGACGACUCCGAUAGCGACCAUAGCGAAGAUGAGGAUAGCAGCGAUUUGGAAGAAGUGAGUGAAGAAGUGAGUGAAGAAGACGAGGAAGAGGAGCGUCCGGUCUCCGUGAAGGGCAAGGGAAAAGCGCGAGACGAUCCGGAGCCGGAGCAUGUCGACCAGGACUUUGACCGUCUUGUACGUGAGAUACGCGAAGGCGACAGUAGCGGCGGAGCCCUCAGCAAGGUCUGGGAUUUUGACUUGAAAGACCGGGAGGCAGAGUUCAAGGAUGAUCUACGAGAGGCGUCAGGAGUAGGAAAGAAGCGGGGACGCAAGCCAGGCCGACGGAAAGGGAUUGUGCUGUCCCCAGAUGUCGAAGUGCUCAUCGGCCAAGGCCAUCAGGCAUUCAUCGACGGCAAAUUCGAAGAUACUACCCGAAUUAUGCAGGAAGUUAUACGCAUAGAGCCACGGGACCCUCGCGCAUGGUCGGUGCUCGCGCAGUGCUGUGAAAUUAAAGAAGAAUCGCGGAAAGCCUUGCAGUUACGGAUAAUGGCUGCCCAUCUGAACCAGGAGGCGGAAGAGUGGGAGCAGUUGGCUAAGCAGUCGAGGCGGGAAGGGUAUCACCAGCAGGCUCUGUACUGCUACAGGAAGCUACACCAACUCGACCCGGACAACCUGAACGCUCUCUGGGACCGUGCAACCCUCGCCAAGCAAUUAGGAGAGCCACGAACUGCUCGCGUCUCCCUGCUUGCUAUUUUGAAGCGCAUUCCGCAUGAUUUAACUGUACUCGCAGAACUGCGCCCUAUUCUCAUCGAACUGAACGACCUCGAGCUCUGCGCGAAGCUCUUCGAGGACGCCUUCGCGCAUUACCAUGCCACGUACCCGAACGGCCAGGUACCCCCAGCAGACCCACUCGCCGAGCAAACCAGUUCACCGACAGCAGGUUUUGGGCUCAUGGAAAUUCUCGUCCUCGCUGACAUAUACAACAUCCUCGGGCGCUGCGAGAAGGCCGUCGAGACGAUCCGUCGCGGGUGCCGUUGGCUGCAGGGCCGCGCGGCGCAGAAGUUCUGGGACUCGAACGAGGACGACAGGGAGUGGGACGAGCCCGUCGGACCGAACGGCGAGAGCUGGAGGACCGUGCCCCACGGCGAGGUCCAGCCGGGUAUGUACCCGCUCGACGUCAAUGCGAGACACCGUCUCGCGGUUGCGAGGAUCAAGAUGGGCGACAUUGGCGAGGGAAAGAUGCAUGCUGACAUCAUCCUGUCACAAGAAAUCGCUGACUAUGCGGCACUGUUCACGGAGAUUGCGGACGCAUACUUUGAACGAGAGAUGUAUGCGGAUGCCGGACACAUCUACGAGAUGCUGGGUGGGGAUGCUGGGACCAGCAGUCUGUAUGUCUUACUACAAGCAGCGGCUUGUCGUCGGAUGGUGGGCGAUCUCAAGGAAGCUGUUGAUAUCUACGAGCACGUCAUCCAAGCUGACCCGACUCACAAUGACGCCAAGAUGAAACUCGCGGAGAUAUACGAGAUUCUUAAUGAACCAAGGAAGGCUUUGGACUUGGUCCUGCAAGUCAUCGACUCGCGCCGUCGCAAGAGUCGGCAAGGGCAAGACAACGACGACGUUCAAACCUCUGAGGCGGGCCAGGGCGCCUCGCUCUUCGAAGAGAAGCCUCGUCCAGGCAAGGACAAACCUGUCAAGACUAUGCGCCCCGAUAAACUGUCGCCGACGCAGUUGCGCAAGCUCGAGCAAGAAAAGGAGCAGGAGGCGGUCAUGGCGUUUGGGAGAGUCAAGGAGCUCUGGACGCGCAUGCUCGCCGGUGACGAAGAGGCAGACCGUGAGUGGAUGCAGCAGGCGGAGAUGCUAGUCGAGUCUUUCCGCGAGACGCGGGCGUUGUUCCUGACCUCGCGCAAGGAGGGCUUCCAUGGUGUCUUUCGCAGGAGCAGGAGACGGAAGCAAAGCGAGGAGGCGAAUGAAGAGAGUAUGGCGUCACGGCUGCAGUUGGAUCUUGGUCGCGAGACGGUAGCCAGGAAGGCCAAGGGUGCCUCUGGGGAAGAGUUCGAUUCUUUCCGUAAGAUUUCGUUCGAUGACUGGCUGCGGAUAUUUAUGCAGUUCUCGUUCAACCUUACUCGAAGAGGACAGUAUGACGAUGCACAGGAAAUUCUUCGGCAUAUCCUCUACUCCAACGCCUUCCAAGAGCGAGUACACUUGGACACGAUACGUUGCGCCCUCAUCACGUGCUCUAUUGCUGCGGCUCGAUACGACACGGUUGUCGAACAAGCACGGAAGCUUGUUAACGCGCACCAGUUUAACAACGAACCGCUCCGCAUCCUCCUCGCCUCCCUUGCGAGCGGCUAUCAUGCAACAGAUAGCUUCCUCGCCUCCACGCUCUCGAAGCACAUGCUCCGCGAGCUGCGUUCCUACGACUCUGCGCUCAAGAACCCUGACGCACUCCGCUGGAACCCUAUACUGAAGCGGUACGGCGUCGGGACGAAGGCGGAGGAAGAAGAGGACGCGGACGUACUCGAGGGCGCCAGCCGAGACGAGUCCGAAUCUGCGGGCGGCAGCGGAGCACCCAAGCUGCCAUCCAAGGAGAGCCCAAUCGGCGUGACGAUCUAUGGGCAGAUAUGCCUGGCAGCGAAGAGUUAUCAGAGUGCGAUCUUCUAUCUCUUGCAUGCAUACGAUUACUGUCCGCACGAUCCCGUCAUCUGCCUGUCGCUUGCAAUCGCGUCUAUGGGACGGGCAAUGCAACGACAGGCUGACAAUCGGCAUCACCUCAUAGUGCAGGCCAUGGCGUUCCUCUCGAAAUACCGCGAUCUUCGAGGCGACGAUGCACCAGGCGAGGUCGAGUACAACUUUGGCCGUGCGUUCCACCAUUUAGGACUGCUAUCGCUAGCGGCGAAGCAUUACCAACACGUUUUGGAACAGGCCGAGAAGAAAACUCAGUCAGAUCCAGAGGCUGACUGUGGUCUUGCCCGCGAAGCAGCGUACAACUUGUCACUGAUCUACGUCACGACAGGCGCGACACCUCUGGCGCAAGACUUGUAUCGUCGGUGGCUAUCUCUUUGAUUACAUGUAGCCAUAACCCUUGUGAUAUAGCACAUUCACAACUAAUGUACCAAUAUCAUUCAGUCAGUCAGUCUCGUAUCGUCUCUGGCGCAUAAAUGCUCGUCGAAAUUUCG